GAUUCGAGAUUUUAUAAAUAUCCUGUAUGCUAGGUGCUGCUGCGGCAUUUCACUCCCAAAUCUUUCAAUUUUUACACUUUAUACAUCAAAAACGUUUAUUUAAAAAUAAAAAAAAAUUAUUUUAAUUUAUAAAUUAAUUAAAAUUUCGUAUUUUGUAUAAUUCAAAAUUAAUUUUCGAAAAAUGUAAACUCCUCGGGGUUAGGUUGGGGAAUAAUAUUUUAAAAUUAGCUCAGUUUGAAACGUUCCAUUAAAUGGAACGGGUUUCUUUGUUAACUUGGAUUUUAAAAUCCGAAUUUAAUUCGUAGAAAUGUAUUACGGCUCGGAUCCGGAAACUUUGGAUCGUCGAAACGAGACGGUUUGUUCGCGAUUUUUAAAGUUCACCUGGAAAACGAUUACGUUCUUUUUCUCGCACAUUACUUUAGUUUCGAUGGUUGUUUCUUAUUGUAUCCUCGGCGCCGUUACUUUCGAAAAGUUGGAGAAAGAAAACGAGAUUACGGUUAAGAAAAACAUCAGCAGCAUUAGACACCACAUAAUGGAUAAAUUAUGGAACAUCACGUACCACGGCGAAGAAGUGUUAAAGGAGGACACCUUCAUCAACAGCUCGAUUGACAUUUUAAACGAUUUCGAGCAAGAACUAAUAAAAGCGAUAAAGAACCACGGUUGGGAUGGAAACGAGGAUUUGAACAAAGUCCAAUGGAACUUCGCGGGGUCGCUAUUUUACUCGAUAAUCGUCAUUACAACAAUCGGUAAGUAACUUAAAUUAAUCCCUCGUCUUUGUUAUUUCGCUUUUCCUCCUCCGCUUUUAUUUUAUCGCCCUGUUUUCUUUUUAUUACAAACUGGGUCAAAUCCAAUCAGAAAUCGACACCUCCGUUGUCGCUUCGAUUGGACCCGGAACAAAGAGGUUCACUCUCACCCCGUUAACGCGAGACGAUUUCCUAUCGUUCUUUUUUUGACUCUUCUCUUUUUAUCUUUAUAGUUUUUCUUUCUUUAUUUUUUUUUAACAACUUAUCCCGGCUCUUUCUCCUUUUACAUUCACCUCUUUCUUUCUCGUCUUGUUAUCGACGUCUCUGGGGAAGUUAAAAAUGUU